AUGUCAUCCAAAUCAUCCCUUCUGAAAGUCAUUCUUCUGGGUGAUGGUGGCAUUGGCAAGAGCUCCCUCAUGAACCGCUACGUCACCAACAAGUUUGACUCCCACCUUUUCCACACCAUCGGUGUAGAGUUCCUCAAUAAAGACCUGGGGGUCGACGGCCGUACAGUCACCUUGCAAAUCUGGGAUACGGCCGGCCAGGAGAGAUUCCGAAGUCUGCGAACACCCUUUUACCGUGGUUCUGACUGCUGCCUGCUGACCUUUAGCGUGGACGACAGUCAGAGCUUCCACAACCUCGACAACUGGAAAAAAGAGUUCGUCUACUAUGCCGACGUCAAGGAACCUGACACGUUUCCUUUUGUGGUUCUGGGUAACAAGAUCGACGUGCCGGAAAGACAAGUGACAAGUGAAGAAGCUCAGGAAUGGUGCAGGGAGAACGGCAACUUCCCGUAUUUCGAGACCAGUGCGAAAGAUGCAAUUAAUGUUGCGGUAGCAUUCGAGGAAGCUGUGAGGAGAGUUCUAGCCAUGGAGGAGCGGCACGAGCAUUUGAUUCUGACAGACACGGUCAAUCUGCAUCGGAAGCCACGUAGCGGCACCUCCUGCUGUUAA